GUUCUCACGUAGAACGAUUUGAAAGUGACCUUCAGGCUGUCUACUUGUAGAUGUUAGAAAUACUCGGGUCGGCCAAUUGUUUUUAAAAAAACUUCAUAGAAAGGAGCUGGAAAGAAUGGGGUUGGCCUGUUGUCGACAGACAAGAAUUUUAUGUUACUCUUCCUUUGGGCCCUCCUGAGAAUGGUCCAUGGAAUGAGGUUCUUCUAACCAACUCGGAUGGCACCGAAGUCAUACACAGAGCUCAAAAUAGUGUUACUGUUCCAUCGAAAUCUGAAAUCUGCUCUCAAAAUGUAACUGUUGACAACUCCUGCAGUAACCAAUUACCUGUUUAUCAGGCUUAUUCAUGCUCUGGUGAGUCGUUUGGAUAUUUUGUAUUUGUGAACUAUGCAAGACGUAAGGAUUUGUUGUUGUUUGAUAAAUUGCAAGACCGAAAGAAGGGUGAACCUAGUCAUAUAUGCAACAAGAAUGUCAUUGUAAUUGCCAGACUGGGCAACGGAACUCGACAAUCCAAGUUAAAAAAUUUAAUGGAACAUUGCACUUGUGGUCAAAACAAUACUUCACUUCCUGACCACCAUCCUGGCGCUCUUAUUCUGUAUCCUGAUCCACAAGAUUUUGCUGUAAAUGAUCUAGUUUAUCCUAGUGGGAAAGGGUUACCAGGGGAUGCUCCUGUAUUUGGUCAUAUGAAUAUGAAAUAUGCUGGCGGUGGUGAUCCGACCUGCACUGGAUUUCCAUCACUUCGUGAGUUGGUAUUUUCGAAUGUUUAGGAUUUGUUUGCAUUUCAGAUAUUUACCCACCGACUGAAGGAUUUCUUCAGAACAAUCUUAGUUUAUCAUUUUCUGACCAGAAUCAAGUUGAUGUGGAUAUAUCAAUACAGAAAGUUGCUGUUCUGUCGUCUGUUUCUUCUAUGAAUUACCUAGGGAAUAUGUUCAAAUAUGGGUCUUUGGUGAUAUUCGAUGAAUUUUCGAAUAAUAAAGGCAUUAGAAUUCUCAUGAAAAUCUAAUAUGUAUAUCAGUCAGUCAUAUACAACACAGAACCUGGAAUAAAUCCCAUAUUUAUCGAACUGAUACACUUGUACAAGGUGAUGCCCUUACACAGAUUCCUGUUCAACCUAUUGGCUAUGAUGAUGCCAAAAUAUUUCUAUCGAGCUUAGAGGGACCAACUAUCCCUAAUGAUUGGGAUACUCGUUUGGCGACUCAUUUGGGACCAUCAACUAAAACCUGUUUGAAAGUUGUAGUACAUAAUGAAGUUUCUAAAAACCCAGUGAAGUUAUGUAAUGUAGUGGGUAUAAUGCCGGGUGAAAUGACACCUACUUCAACUGAAUCUGAUCAAUAUGUAAUUAUGGGUAAUCAUCAUGAUGCGUGGGUACAAGGCGCUUGUGAUCCAGGAUCAGGUAUGAUGAUUUUACAAGAAAUCGCUCGAAUUCUUGGCGAGGCUUAUCGUAACGGUUUCAAACCUCGUCGUACGAUAAUUCUUGGUUCUUGGGAUGGAGAGGAAUUUUCUGUCUUGGGUUCAACACAUUUUGUACAUAAAUCUGAAUAUGAACUAUUAUCUAGAUGUGUUGUUUACAUCAAUUCAGAUUGUCCAGUUAAAGGUCAUAAAACUUUUUCAGCUCGAACCGAUAGUUUAUUAAUUGAUAGUCUUAUAAAUGCUGCAAAAUUAGUUCCAGUUGAUCCACCAAUAAAUAUGCAAUCAUUCUAUGACGAAUGGUUAAAUAAUAAGAUGAGUGAUCGUAAUGAACCUAUGUAAGUUUGGAUAGAUUUCUCUGUUUCAAUGGUCAUUUUUAACAUGAGAAGUAAUAAACAAAUUCUUUUAAUUUCAUUGUACGUAGAAAGUAAUUCAGGCACAAGAAAGUUCUAUCCUAUGUGUGUUUGAUAACGGCUUCAGGGUAUUCUGUCGAUUGAAUAGUCAUUGUUACUGUUUUGUUAUGUUGUGUGUAUGUUAAAUCUGUUGCAUCCAUUAUUCUGCUGUUUAUAUUUGGGGACGGGAACGAUUGCGAUCCCCACAUCGCUCUAAGUAAAAACAACAUGCUGGCGCAAAUGGUGACCUUAUUGACUCUCCAAAUAAACAUCAUUUAACCAGCUACACUCAUUUAUGUACCAAUUCUACAUAGUUUAUUGGUCAAUAAACACCAUAUGGGUUAAAGGAUAAACAGACUUACUGUAAAACAUAUACAUAGAAUAUUACUAAAAAUAUGAUUGUCAUGCUAGUCGGAAGUUCACACCUGUCAUACUGAACGAAAUUCUCACUUUAUUGGUACAAACAUAUUGACCUGAAGUAAUGUUACACUGGAAAAUAUAAAAUUAAUGUCGUAUCAAAUAAAAUUGUAUGAUAACAGAUAGCAAAUUUACGUAUGAGGUUCUUCGCUUGGUACUUUCAUAUAUCAAUUAGGGAAUAGAAGUUAUUUCUUGACUUAGAUGGUGUUAUAAAAUAACGUCAUCUACGAACGUGGUUCGAGGUUCGAAAAUUGGAUUCUGAGUUCAUUUUAGAACUUCUAUGCCAAGGAUGGGUAAAGCGAGUGUCUCAUUAUCACUGUUGAUGUUACACAUUCACGUGUGAGAUCGUUUCGUGAUAUUGUGGUAUGUGCUACUUAUAUUGACAUAAGUAGUAUGUGAUGUUAGUCGUAAACAGAAGGUCUGGAAGCAAAGAGACAAGAGGAUCGAACAGUAAAGAAUGGAAACAAAAUACAAUUUGUAUAAAAAUGCAUGAACAUUGAAGUCUGAGUCAUUUUGAGACAAUCGAUGAAUAUUUUGCAAAUUAAGCAUUUACUUUAUGAUUGUUAGAUUUUAUUAACAAGUCCUGUAAUUUUGUGUUAAAUGCAUUCGACUGUCCCCACCCGUGUUCUGUUCACUACAAUAUAAAUGCGAUUUUUUUUCGACACUUCAUGGAAUAAAAAGGUUUAGUUACAAUAAGCUUAGCUAUAAAAUCUUAUUGAUUGAUCAAUACAAGAACUUGCGCAAUGACAGUAAUUUCAGUUUCACGUGAUAGACGGAAAAAAUUGGAAUAAUAUUUAAUAAAAGCUGACUGUAAUUAUGUAAGAAGAAUUUACGUAUACAGUAGUGUGACGGUUCUGAACUUGCUGAAUGAUCAUAAUUGGAAUGGUCGAGACCACUGUAAACGAUUUGAAGCCAAGUCACUAAGGUUUCUCAACCAUGGAAAGCGUGAACUUUGUCACAUUGUUACAGUGGCGAUCGUUUAAUUUACGGUUUGGCUAAAUUUUAUUUAACUUCUUUAUUAGUUUUUCUCUUCUAAUAUAAGCCAUCCACUUGUGAACAUAACUAACAAUAAUGGCCUGUUUCGCUAAUCUCUUACUCUUCUAACAUUUUAUUUAUAUUAGUUUCAUAAGCAAUGUUUUAGUUCUAUAACCUCUAACUUUUUAUCUUUCAUGACUAGUGAUAAUAUAUUUCCUACUCCUGUUAUUAUUUUGCACAGUUAUAUUACUUAUAAUGCAAAUGAUGUUAUAAUUCUGAAAAUACACUCCUAACUAUUUAUUUUGGUCAGUGUUCUUCUAGAAUCACAUCUCUUGGUGGUGGAUCGGAUCAUAUACCUUUUGCCUAUCGUUUAGGGAUUCCAUCAACAUAUCCAGAGUUUCUACCAGACGAUGGCUUAUACAAUACACCAGUUUACCACACUGCUUAUGAUAUUAUUGAUGUUGUAGAAAGAUUUACUGAUCCUGCUUCACCAUUUACAGGUCACUUCCCUCGACAUAGAUUAAUUGCGCGUUUAAUAUUAACGCUUAUUAUACAGUUUGCAUGUGCUCCACGUCUGCCACUUUCGAUAUUGAGAUGUUCACAAUGUUUAUUGGAUGAUUGGUUGAAAUUUAUGGAGUUAGUAACGCAUCAAAUACCUAAUAUUUCAGAAUAUGAUGUGAAUCUAGAUUGGGUUUUGGAAGAAAUUCAGAAGUUUAAGAAGUCAUCUCAAGAUUUUGAAGAUUUUGCAAAUACUAUGGAAAGAAAUUGCACUAGGUAGGUUUAGGAAUAGAUAAAAUGUUUAGCGAAAUUGUCUCCCGAUUUUUUAUUCCCCUGUUACUGCUUAGUUUUCAUAUUUCCUUCUAAGAGCUGUUCAUGUUUGCAUUAAUAAAGCAUUUCAGUCAAGAAACUGUAACUUGUAUACUGUUUAGCAGUGGCAAGUCAUUUGAUUAAAUCAAUAAUUUCCAACUAAUGUCGUUGAGACAUGUUUGACACACCGCUCAUUCAGAAUAGCUGCGUUGACUAACACGAAUGUGUUAAUUAGUUGAAAAAAAGGGACUGAUCAGUUUAAAGCUGUACAAGUCUAUGACAACAGUGACUGUUAAUCUCAUCGUUGUCAAGAUGUGAUGGAAUUUUCUCGAGUUUCGGUAGAUGAUUUAAUUAAUUGAUUUUUUACAGAUUUGGAGAAACGAGUCUCAGUACUGGAGUUGCAUCCACUGUCUUCUUGUCAACAUUGUAUUGAAUUUGAUGUCUGUGAUAGUUUUCUUUUGAACUAAUCUUGAUUUUUAGUUUUAUUAUCCGUGCCCUUACUUCUUUCUCCAUGUUGUUUUUAUGUUUGAAGAAUUGGAACGAAACAUAUUUGUUAGCGACUUUAUGGUUGGUGAGUAACCGAAGAACGGUCAAAUUGACUACAAAGCGGCUUUUAUUGGUUUUAUACGACGCAAAAACAAAUAACUGUGAUUUUGCUUACCUUAUGAAGAACUGUGUCAUUUAAUUUUACCUUUGAAAAAUCGGAUCUUUCAGGUCGUAGGAUUUUAGUAUCUGUCUGAAUUAGUCUAUACACUAUGUGUUAUUUCUUUUAGCCGCUCACUACAGUUUCACUAUAACGGGGUGCUUUUAUUAUUAUAAGAUCAUACGAAGAAUAGUCACAUCAAUGAUUGUGGUUAAUAGUUAGAUUUUACCAUAUAAUGUGAUAAACAAUCCAUUGAAAAAAGUCAGUGCACUAUUUCUAAUAAACAGUACAAUUGUUUUCGUUAUUUUUAUCUUGAAUUUUAGUUUUCCCUCCUAUCUGAAUCGUAUACUUGUUGGUGUUUCUAAACAUUUUGUUGCUGCUGGUCAAUGUGAAAAAUCAUCUUUGAAAAAUGUCAUCCAAGGAACUACUGGUUAUAAAUCAGUUUAUUUUCCUCAUGUAAAAUCAUCAUUUAAAAAUCUUAAGAUCUUAUAUGAUAAAUGUAAGACAAAAACUUCAAAUUCAACAGAACUGCACGAUUUCAAACUGGAGCUUUCAAAUGUUUUGAAUUGUUUACAACAAUUAACUAAUUGGCUUCGAAAUAGUUGGAUUGGUUUGACUAAUUCUUCAGUAGUAUUAUAAUAAUUACUUUACAUAUUCAUUUUUAUAUGGACUUUAGUAAAAGCUAACAUACUUUUCAUGUCAUUUUAUUAGACUUUUAACUAAUAGUGUUUUUUACCUUCAAAAUAUAUUUUGUAUAUGCAAGUGAUUUCUCUUCAAUUUAAAGCAAUGUAUGUUAUGUGAAUUCCAAGGGUAGAGGAAGAGCAAGACGACGGAACAGUUGUGUG